AUGGUCACCAUUGCCAUUGCGGGAGCUACAAGUCAACUGGCAAGGGAAGUCCUCGACGCCCUAGUCGCAACCGGAAAGCACAAAAUCAUUGCUCUCAUCCGCAAGAACCCCAACGACUUCCCCCCUCUCCCUGGCGUUCAAUGGAUACAAACUACAUACGAAGACAAAACGGAACUGGUGCGCCUUCUGCAAGGUGUCCAUACGCUGCUUUGUUUCUACGCAGUACACCUUGACCCUGGAUCCGAGACGCAAAAACGGCUUAUUGACGCGGCUGUUGAAGCGGGCGUCAAGCGCUACGCUCCUUCGGAAUGGUCAACUGGUGAAAAAUUGAAAGAAUCGACAGAUGUACUGGCGUGGUAUGCUGGCAAAGUCGAGAUCAGUCAGUACCUAGAAAAUUUCAACCAGCAGAAAAAGGUCCUCGAAUACACGAAAUUCCAACCCGGCGCAUUCAUGAACUUCCUUGCCCAUCCGCGCAAAACGUCCAAACACGUCUCCACCAUCUCCUUGCAGAUCGAUCUCCAGAAUCGGACAGCCCUCACUGUAGAUGGCCGCCUCGACGCGGAGAUUACGUACACGACCGUUCAAGAUAUUGCGAAUGUGGUAGCACGGGCUGUAGACUAUGAAGGCGUCUGGCCUACUGUGGGAGGAAUCCGCGGCCACAAGAUUACGGCAAGACAGCUUCUCGACAUUGCGGGGAGGGUUCUAGGCCAGCCAAUACGGGUUGAGCUGCUCAAGAUGGAAGAUCUUGCUGCUGGGGAACUCAAGACGGAAAACUACCCUCGUCUGGACUUGCCUUCUAUUCCGGAGGACCAAGUCGAGGCGUUUUCUAAGACUGCUACAAUAGGAGUGUUGAUUUCUAUCAGUAAUGGGGUUUGGAAUGUUUCGGACGAGUGGAAUCGCUUGUUGCCUGACUAUGAGUUUACGCAGAUUGAGGAUUUCAUCAGGACGGCGUGGGGAGGUGAGAAGUAG